AUGGGGGUCACCCUAGGGUACUGGGACAUCCGCGGGCUUGCUCAUGCCAUCCGACUGCUGUUGGAAUACACGGACACUCCCUAUGAGGACAAGCAAUACAGCCCCAGUGGGGAAGGUCCUGAUUAUGAUAUAAGCCAAUGGACUAACGAGAAAGAGAAGCUGGGGCUGGAUUUCCCGAACCUCCCCUAUCUCAUUGACGGCCAGACAAAGCUCACGCAGAGCAAUGCUAUCCUCCGCUACGUAGCGCGCAAACACAAGAUGGCUGGCGAGAGUGAGGAGGAGAUACAGAGAGUGGACAUGCUGGAGAACCAGGUGAUGGAUUUCCGCCUGGCCUUUGCAAGGAUCUGCUACAACCCUGACUUUGAGAAACUGAAGCCGGAGUACUUGGAGCAGCUGCCCGGGAAGCUGAAGCUGUUCUCCCAGUUCCUGGGGGUCCGGAAGUGGUUUGCUGGGGAGAAGCUCACCUAUGUCGACUUCCUUGCGUACGACGUCCUGGAUCAGCACCGCAUGUUCGCGCCCAAGUGCCUGGAUCAACUAAAGAAUCUGAAGGAUUUUCUUGACCGAUUUGAGGCCCUGGAGAAGCUCGCUGCCUACAUGAGUUCUAGCCGCUACAUGAAGACUCCCAUUUUCUGGAGAGCUGCCCAGUGGAGCAACAAAAAGGAGUAG